GCAAAAAACGAAAAGCACCCUGACUCGACACGUAUCGUGCUACCAUCGGGUAGCAUCGACUCGAAUAACCGUGCAAGGUCGUCAAAAGACUUUCAAACUGUCGUCGCUGACGGGCGUCGUAGUAGCCUGGAGAUCCGGAAGAACGAGGACUAAGACGUUACCAACCUGAGAGGCGUUAAAGCCGUAGCAACGGGGGAACGAGAGAGAGAAAGGAAGCUGUAGAGAUACGGGGCGUUGCCGCCGUCAUCCAAGAACAAGAAUUCUCGGUUUACGAGCUGAUAUUGUGAUUAAAACAAAAAAAAGCAAGUGUAAAAAAAACGAGCCAAAAGUAAGAUUUAUAAGAAAAGCCUUGAGUAACUGACGACUAAGAAGCAGAAAGCAGAAAGACAAAAAGCCACAAUCAUUUGAGGGGAGUUACGUAACGAGGGAUUCGUUGAAAUUUCUUGAAUAUCGUCGAUAGUUUACCAAAAGCUUAACGAUGGGUACUUUGAACGUAAAUCGCGGUGUUAGCGAUGCUUUUUACCGGUACAAAAUGCCCCGCAUCCAAGCGAAAGUGGAGGGCAAAGGGAACGGAAUAAAAACGGUUAUCGUUAAUAUGGUGGACGUCGCCAAAGCAAUUGGACGUCCGGCUACUUAUCCGACCAAGUAUUUCGGUUGCGAGCUCGGUGCCCAGACUCAAUUUGAUUUCAAAAACGAGCGUUUCAUCGUAAAUGGUUCGCACGAGGCAAAUAAACUUCAGGAUCUUUUGGAUGGGUUUAUCAGGAAAUACGUUCUUUGCCCGGCGUGCGACAAUCCCGAGACGGAGUUGCUCGUUAGCGCGAAAAAGGGCACGAUAUCACAAGGUUGUAAGGCUUGCGGCCAUCACGGUCUUCUCGAGAGCAAUCAUAAGCUGAACACUUACAUAUUGAAAAAUCCGCCAAGUUUGAAUCCAGCUGCUCAAGGCAGCUCGUUGACCGAGGGCAAACGUGGCAAGCGUUCGAAACGUGCGAACGGAGAUACCAACGGUGAUCGUUCGGGCUCUCCCGAUAACGAAACUUCUACCACCGAUAUCGAUGUCGAAGCGCCCCUCAAAAUCGCCACUGAUGCCGAUGAUGAUGCCAACUGGGCCGUCGACGUUUCCGAAGAAGCUGUUCGCGCUCGUCUUCAAGAUCUAACCGACGGCGCCAAAGGCAUGACCAUUAGCGAAGACCUUGAUAAAACCGAAAAAGAACGCAUGGAUAUUUUUUACAAACUCGUAAAAUGUCGUCGCGACGCUGGACAAUUGGACAAUCACAAAGAAUUCGUUGCCGAGGCUGAACGCCUCGAAAUCAAAACCAAGGCACCUCUCGUACUCGCCGAAUUGCUAUUCGAUCAGGGCAUCGCUGCCCAAGCCAAAAAAUAUCGUGUUCUACUUCUUCGCUUCACUCACGAUGACAUAAAAGCACAGAAGUACCUCUUACGAGGUAUUGAGCAAGUUAUCGCACUACACAAGGACUCUCUCAUGCCAAAAGUUCCCGGAAUUCUCAAGCUCUUCUACGAUUAUGAUAUUCUCGAGGAAAAAGCUUUGUUCGAGUGGGCGAGCAAAGCGAGCAAAAAGUACGUUUCAAAGGAACUGUCGCAAGAAAUUCACGACAAAGCAGCGCCGUUCCUUACGUGGUUGAAGGAAGCCGACGAGGAAGAAUCCGAGUCCGAAGAAGAAGAUGAUGACUUGGAGAUCGAGUAUGACGACAGAGCGAAGCAACCGCUGAAGCAACAGCAGCAGCAGCAGCAGCAAAAACAAUCGGUUAAAAAGCCGAUCGAGGAUGAAUAUGAGGGAGAAGAUUUUGACAUCGAUGCUAUUUAAAUGGAAGAAAAAUAUGAAAACGAUGGAAUACGUUGAUCGGAAACAAUGCAAUUCUCUAUUUAUCUUUCUCUUUUUCUCCCUCCCCUGCGCACACACUAGACACACGAGAGAAAAGAACGAAAUAAGUCACUAUUCAAUAAUUACCCAUCAAACGGUUCGUUAUGAAGAUUUUUCUUCAUUUUUUUUUCCAGUUCGCGUUUUUCAUACACGGGGAGAAUUGUAUUUUCUUUGCCUGAUACAUUGAACGCCUGUUAAUAUCUGUUUAAUUAAAAAAAAAAAGAAAAUGGGAAAAAACUAAUUCACAUACACGUAUACACGCGCACACGUAACACAUAUUAAAUGUUCCUGUAUUGAAACACUGCGAUCAUACGGGGUCGAACAAAUUUUAAAUAAAUUUACAAUCGUUUUCAAUGUUCAGCUGCACUUUAAACUUUAAAAUCGUUGUUUCCAUGAUGAUUUUCUUUUUUCUUUUUCUCCUCUCUCUCUCUCUUUCUCUGUUCCGUUCUUCUGUUCAAUUUUUUUAUAACGCAAUAUCUUUUAAUUAUUACGAUUGUGAGGUCAUUUUAUUCGUGCCUAUUUCUCCCGUCCUCGAAGCACGCGAAUCCUUCCUGUCGCCAUCCAUGUGCUUGCGACUCGAUCCCAACCAAUGUUUUUGACUCUUGGAAAUCUUAUUAAACUAUUAUCUAUACUAAUUAAUCGACGACGAUACCUUUUUCAUCGUGAUUAAUACGAAAUUGUUGAACUGUUGGAAACAAUAAGACAGGAAAACAAAAGCGUUCCUUUUCUCCAUGUAGUACACCAUUUUUUUUAGUGCAUUAAUCGUACUACUUAAAAUGUCCGCAAUUAUGGAUGAAUAUUCGAAUUAUAAUAAACAUUGUUUUAUCGCAAAA